UAAAUGCGCUGCUGCGCAGAGACGAGUCAAGCUGCCCUAAAACAAACCUAUUUUCCAGCUCAGGAUUGAUUGAUUGAUCGAUCGAUCGAUCGAUUGAGUGCGAAAUAGAUUCAAUUGGUGUGGUAAUUGUUGAUCUGAUCUUCCCCGGCUGCUUAAUUUGACGGAUUGAUAUCGAAUGGGGAAGAAGAAGAAGAGAGGAGCGGUGGAUAAGGUGUGGUGCUACUACUGCGACAGGGAGUUUGACGACGAGAAGAUACUGGUGCAGCACCAGAAGGCCAAGCACUUCAAGUGCCAUGUUUGCCACAAGAAGCUCUCCACCGCCGGCGGCAUGGCCAUCCACGUGCUCCAGGUUCACAAGGAACAAGUCACUAAAGUCCCAAAUGCAAAACCUGGAAGAGAAACAACGGAGAUUGAGAUUUAUGGGAUGCAGGGAAUUCCAGCUGAUGCCCUGGCUUCACAUUAUGGAGAGGAAGAUGAAGAGAACCCUUCAAAAGCAGCUAAAGUUGAUCUACCACUCUCUCAGAUAACCGGUGGUGUGAUGCCCGGAUCACUAGGGGUUGGAUAUCCUCCCCGCGGCCCAUUACCUCUGAAUUACAAUCCCAGGAUACCUGGGCCACCUGUUGGUUGGCAAAUUCCACCUCAUCCACAACCUUGGUAUCCUCAGCACCCAGCUGUUUCAGUUCCGUUCCCUGGCCAAGCAGGAAUGCCUCAACAGCCUUUGUUUCCUGUGCACAACAUUCGGUCUACUGUUCCAUCCGCAUCACCCCCUGGGCUUCAACCAACAUUUCCAAUCACUCCUCCAGGGAUGCCUGCAACGACACCUCCUGUUCCUGUUUCUCAACCUUUAUUUCCUGUCAUUCCUAGCAGUAAUAUUCCUCCUCAGAGCUCCCCAUUUUCUGCUCUUAUACCUUCAAUGAGCUUGCCUUUAAGCUCUUCUACAGAAAUAAAGAGUUCAGAACCUCUCUUUGGUGGCACUUUGGCAGCCAAUAAUUACCAAACAUCAGGAACCCCAGCCAUACCUGUUGCAAAUUCACAUUCCUAUGCAUCUGGUCCAAAUACUGAAGGUCCUUCUAUAGGACCACCUCCAUUAAUUGCAAACAAAGCCCCAUCUACACAACCCGCAACUAAUGAGGUCUACUUAGUUUGGGAUGAUGAAGCUAUGUCUAUGGAGGAAAGAAGAUUGUCCUUAUUGAAGUAUCAGGUGCAUGAUGAGAAUAGCCAGAUGAGUUCUAUUGAUGCUGCCAUUGACCGAAGGAUAUCUGAGAGCAGGCUUGCUGGUCGCAUGGCAUUUUAGAGAUUCGAUGGUGCCUCGUUCUUAACCGUGAUCAACAUCAGGAGGAACGGUUCUCUAUCGAUCACAACACCUUUCGUCUGAGCUUCUAACUGGUGCUGCUUGUUGCAAUUCUUUCUAUUUAAAUGUUGUAACUAUCUUUUUGGAUAUAGGUGUCAGGAUAGCCUCUACUAUAAUUUAACAGAUAAUUGCCAUUUUUUCAGUUUUUGUGAUUUGGGUUGGUUUUUAGAUUGUAGAAAUUACAGACCAAAUUCUUGACUUUUUGAGGUUAAUGCAGUGUGAGUAAUUAUUCUUUUGUUUCA